AUGGUAGACAACGGUGCUUAUGACUUACCUGAUGGAAAUCAAUCUGAGAAUAGAAAAGCUAAGAAAAGGAAGAAAAUGAGUAAAAGUCAGGGCAAUGGGGAAGUUGUAAAUUCUAAUAUCACUGUAUAUGUUGAGCGAAGUGGUGAGACUGACAUGAUGGAGGGGGACAGAAGUAACGGGGAAGAUGCAAAACCUUCCAAUGUUAGAACAUUGAAAAAUGGACUAGUUAUUCAGGAACAAGAGAAGGGGAAAAAAGACGGCAAAAUCGCAGCUUCAGGAAAAAAGAUUAGAAUCUAUUACACUGGCAAGUUGAAGGAAAAUGGAGCUGUCUUUGAGUCAAACGCUGGCCAAACUCCUUUCAAAUUUCGCCUUGGUAAAGGAGAGGUUAUCGAGGGUUGGGAUGUUGGCCUUGAAGGCAUGCAAGUUGGAGAAAAGAGAAGACUUGUCAUUCCACCAACAUUGACGUCUAAGAGUGAUGGACACUCUGACAAAAUACCACCAAAUUCAUGGUUGAUUUAUGACAUUGAACUAGUUAAAGUUCAUUGA